AUGCUCAGCAGAGGGGUGAGGCCCGACCAAUCCAAUUUCGUGGCGGCGACAUCGGCAGUCACGGGCCUCGGGAACCUGAAGCUGCUGGAGAGCCUGCGCACGCUUGCGAUGAAGGCCAACUUUGAGGGGGAUGUUGUCGUGGGCACAGCCAUUCUAAACAUGUACACGAGGUACGACACUCGUUUGGAUCUGGCUUUCCGAUUCUUCGAGGGGAUGCUCGAGAAGAACGAGUACUCGUGGUCUACAAUGAUUUCUGCGUUGUCUCAGAUCGGCCGGUUGGACGAUGCCAUCUCCGUGUACGACAAAGACCCCGAAAAGACCAUUCCGUCUCGCUGUGCCAUGUUGACAGGCUACGCUCAGAAUGGAAGGGUACAUGAGGCAAGGCAGUUGUUCGAGCAAACUCGUAACCCCACUGUCGUUUCCUGGAAUGCCAUGAUCGCGGGAUAUGCUCAAAAUGGGAUGAUCGAGGAGGCGAUGGAGCUGUUCGACAGAAUGCCCGUGCGUAAUAGCAUUACUUGGGCGGCGAUGAUUUCAGGGUGUGCUCAGAAUGGGAAGAACGAGGAUAGUCUGCAGCUUCUGGCCGAACUCCACAGGCGGGGGAUGCUCCCCAGCCAUUCAUGCCUGACAACCUCUUUCUUUGCCUGUGGUAACAUUGGCGCACUUGAAAUGGGUAGGCAGGUGCAUUCACUCGCGAUAAAGGUGGGCUCACACUUCAAUUCCUAUGUGGGGAAUGCUUUGAUCACCAUGUACUCUAAGUGCAAAAAUUUGGGAGAUGUGGCUCAGGUUUUCAGCCGGAUGAAGGUCAGAGACACCGUGUCCUGGAACUCCCUGAUCGCAGGGCUAUCACAGAAUUCGAUGUUGGAGGACGCCCGUAACGCCUUCGAGCAGAUGCCUCACCGUGAUGCUGUUUCCUGGACGGCUAUGAUUUCUGCGUACGUGCAAGCUGGGCAGGGAAACGAAGCAUUGGAGAUUUUCUUGAGGAUGCUACGCGAAGGAAUAAAACCCAACUCGUCCACACUGGCUGGACUUCUCAGCACCUGUGCGGGCCUGGGUGCCACUAAGCUUGGCCGCCAGAUCCAUUGCCUGGCCUUUGAACUGGGUCUGGAGUUGGACAUUUUUGUGUGCAAUGCUUUGAUUACAAUGUACUUCAAGUGUGGCUGUGUUGAUGCCUUUGGGGUCUUUGAUGACAUGCCUGAGCGGGACAUAGUCUCUUGGAAUUCAGUUCUUGCGGGCUGUGCACAGCACGGGUUUGGAAGAGAAGCCUUUAAGGUCUUUGAGCAGAUGAAGGCUGAAGGUGUCCUGCCAAACCAUGUAACCUUUGUAGCGGUUCUAUGUGCUUGCAGUCAUGCUGGCUUGGUUGACGAGGGCAGGCACUACUUCAAUUCCAUGAGUAGCGAUUAUGGGCUCAUGCCAUUGAACGGACACUAUGCCUGCAUGGUGGACCUUCUGGGUCGUGCUGGCCGUCUAUGCGAAGCCGAGGAUCUCAUUAGUGACAUGCCAAUUGAGCCUGAUUCAGUUGUAUGGGGAGCUCUUCUUGGCGCUUGUAGAAUCCAUCAGAAUGCCGAACUCGGUAGGAAGGUGGCAGAGAGGCUCUUUCAAAUGGAACCUGGGAAUUCUGGUAACUACAUUUUACUCUCGAACAUAUAUGCAUCCCUUGGAAUGUGGGAUGAAGUUGGAAAGGUGAGGAAGUUGAUGAGAGACCGAGGUGUCUCGAAAGAACCCGGAUGUAGUUGGACACAAACAAAGAACCGGCUGCAAUAUUUCGUCACUGGGGACCGACAGCAUGAGCAGAUUGAAGAGAUGCACGCGCUUCUGAAGGAGUUCUACGGAAAGCUGAAAGCUAAUGGUUAUCUGCCUGAGACCAACUGUGUCCUCCACGAUAUCGAAGAGGAGCAGAAAGAAAACGUACUUCUCUGUCAUAGUGAGAAACUGGCUGUUGCAUACAGCCUCUUGAAUACACCUAGUGGCACACCAAUUCAGAUAAUCAAGAAUCUGAGAAUCUGUGGUGAUUGCCAUACUUUUAUCAAGUUUGUAUCCAAGGAAACUGGGAGAGAGAUUGAUGUCAGGGAUGGAAAUAGAUUCCACCAUUUUAUUGAUGGAGCUUGCUCAUGUGGAGAUUACUGGUGA